CCUUUCCAGAACAAGCACCGUCGGUCGUAGGACGAAGUUUGCAUAUGAAGCCGUACUUAUCGUUACCUUUUGUAAAUUAAUCGAUCGUCUUAUUUAUUUUUUGGACGAGAAGAGGACAGCCUUUUUGUUUUAUUUUUAGACCACAUCAAAGUAUCAAAGGAGAUAUGUCAAUGGAAGUACAGCAGAACCCGAUGCCUCCGUAGAUUUGUCGCGGUGCCAAAAAUUGCUCUUCUGCUGAACCAGUAAACCAGAACCGGAUCUCUGCCGUAGCCUAGCUAUGUGGAGCUGCGUGGUUUACAAUGAAACAGACGAAAACGUGGACCACCGUCUCUGCCAGGAUUUUGGACUCAUCCUGUCUGUCCUCUCGCUCAUCUACCUGGUCGUGUGCUUUCCGGUGGCACUGUGCUACAACGCCCUACUGGUGGUGGUCAACCUUUCCAAUAAGGUCUCCAUGACAAUGCCAGACGUCUACUUUGUCAACAUAGCCAUCGCCGGCCUGGUUCUGAACCUGGUGGCUCCCGUGGAAUUGCUGGGCCCGAGUUUCACGCGUUGGCCCAUGUGGGACUACAACAACGAAAUCUACAUCACGUUGCUCAUCCUCUUCAACAUCUCCUCGCUGGUCAUCAUGUACUCCACCACCUUGCUCAGCCUAGACUACUACAUAGAACGCGCCCUGCCGCGCACCUACAUGUCCAGCGUCUACAACACCAAGCAUGUCUGCGGCUUCAUCUGGGGAGGGGCCGUUCUCACCAGCUUCUCCUCGCUGCUCUUCUACGUCUGCAACCACGUCUCCACCAAGAUCAUCGAGUGCUCCAAGAUGCAGAACAAGGAGGCGGCCGACGCCAUCAUGAUGUUCAUCGGCUACGUGGUUCCCGCCGUGGCCGUGCUCUACGCCUUCGUCCUCAUCCUUCGAAUCCGGAAAGAGUCCACGCCGUUGGACCAGGACUCCGGAAGGCUCGACCCUUCCAUCCAUCAGCUGCUGCUGGCUUCGGUUUGCGUGCAGUUCGUGCUCUGGACUCCGUACUACAUGACCCUGUUGGUCCACACCAUCUCCGGGAUGCCGGGGAACCGUGCGAACGGCCAGCACAUCACGACCUACUACUUUCUGCACUGUUUGUCCGUGCUCUUGGCCUUCUCCAGCAGCUUCGCCAUGCCCCUUAUGUACAGAAAGAUGAACAAGAACUUCUCUCACAAGCUCCAAAGGCUCCUAAAGAAGUUACACUGCGGGGACCAGUCCUGUCCGCACGAACGCUCAACAGUACAACAGGUGGUCACGUGAAAGCGUGUGUUUGAACCAGCUCUCCCCGCUGGUCCGCCAGCACUUAUGUACUUAAAGCUUCGAGAACGGCGCAGAACUCGCCUCGUGACCAGGAAUUUAUUGUGUUCUUGAACUGCAGUGUUUUCAUUCCACACCAGGAAUGGAAUGCCUCUCCGUGUAAAACGACGGAAAACCUCUGGGGACAACUGAACGACUAAACUUUAUGUGCCCGUCUCCUUUAGCGGACUGGGCAACCUAGAAGAAACCACUAAGUGCUGUUUUUUUUGUGUAAACCGUGCUUGUUCUUUGGAACUUGGCUCGUUGCCGUGAGAAAAGCUAACCCUAUCCCAUUGUCUGUUCUCCUGAAGGGUACAAUGAGCGUGUGAUAGGCAUCUGAAGAAUAAGUUUAGGUACAGUCCUCUAAUGUGAUGCUUUGUGGCCAGCCUCUACCCGCUCAGCUCCAGGCUGCAUUUUGCUUGAGGUCCUCUUAUGUUUUGAUCCAAUAUAUACUCUGCUUGGCUAAGCAAGAAGGAAUUUUUAUGGUUCCUUCUCGCCACUGAAACACACUGUUCAAAACUGUCAGUCCAAUAGACAAUAUCAUUUUACACUAAUACCUCACUUUCACUCCCCGAGGGCAUUACAUAGGAGCAGACUAUCAUUGACGUUAAUGAAACUGUCAUUGUCAUUUGGAGCUAUCCAAAUUAUUUCCAGACAAGCUAUCCAAGACAUUUCCAGAGAUUACACUCAGAGACCUUCUUUUCAGGGAGCAGGUAAAGUCAGAUAGAACUGACGGUUUGCUGAUAGUAUUCCAAAACUGCCUGCAACUGUCAUUCGCCUAUGUGUGUGUGUGUGUGUGUGUGUGUGUGAGUGAGAGAGAGAGUGCAUGCAUGUGUUCACUCAUAUGUGUGCUUGUGCAUAUUUGUGUGCGAGUGAGUCAUUGUACACGUGUGUCUUCAUUCCUGUGUGUGUGUGUGUGUGAGAGAGAGGGAGCUGCUUACUCUUUAAGGUGAUGUGACCCAUGCUAGUGCUGCUACUCAGUCUUGUCACUUCCCACAGAUUUGGGGCUGAGUUGCGGGGGGGGGGGGAGUCAGUGUUGACAUAGCUGAUGUUUAUAGUUCAGCAAUGCAGUGGUCAAGAAACACACCAUCCACAUGUCCAAACAAUAAGCUAGAGUAGGUUGCAUUUGCACUGUUAUCACAAUGUCAUUCUUAUCAGUCUCACGUCACUUAGGGUAACACUGAAAAGGUGGGAUUCUGUCCUGACUCACCAGGACAGAGUUUUAAAAUAAAUGACGCAGUUUCGCAAACAGGCGUCCAGCUUAAUCAUUACUCAACCAUUGAUCAAAGUCCCGCUGAUAUCCAUUAAACACAUUUUUAAAGCAAUGGUAUGUCAUUGAUACACUAAAGAGUUGAAGGAAAGAAGUAAAUUGUAAUACAAACAAACCUUUUGAGAUGCAACAUUGAUACAGUACCUUAUAAAUGAUUCGUUUUUAUUAGAUACAUGCCCGUGGCAUUCCCCAUAUUCCUGGAACAGAUUUGAGGAGGUAAAA